GGUACGGUGGUCUGUUGUCUUUAGAUCCUCUCAACCAUCCUUGGUAUAGCCAUUGGUUUAACAAUUGUUUUCCAUUCUCUUUGGCAUGCCGAGAGUCUCUUGUGGAAACUAUGUACAUUGAGGAUUACAUUUGUAUAAGUGAGCAGCUUUUACUCGACCUUUCUGCGGGGUCCAUUACAAGAACUUUCAAUUAAGAGCCAAUAGGUGUACGGAUAGAUGCCUUGGCUUUGUUGUCAGGGUAAACAUUUUUACAUGUUCCCUAAGCCUUCAUACUAUUAAAAACAAGAAGGCCUAGUAGGAUCCAUGCUUCGGGAACAGGAUGUGCGGCAUUUCUUUGUAAGAUUUCUUGGGCAGUGACUUUCGAGAAGAACCUUGCUGCUGUAGGAUCGAGCUACAGAAUAUCCCUUCAAUGCAAUACAGAGCAAAGGAUAUUAUACAGAAGGCAUCCAUUUUAAUUUCAGAGGUUGUUGUGGAAUUACUUUUUUGUUGUCACAAUGGAUGGUAUGCCUCCUAAAGCUGUACGAAGAAACACUUUAGGAAGUCACAACAUUGCUCCUAGAGUAAAAUUAGCAGUUAAUUCUAAUAGAAGGAAGACAUUGAUUCCUGGAGCACUUACAGUUCAAGAUCAAGAAACACUUCUCAACAAGCAGAAGAGGAAUCGUGUGUUUACACCGGAGAAACCUUCAAGUCCAAACAAUUCCCAGAGUCAGACGGAAGAGGAGGUGAUACCCCCUAGUAAACAGGUUAUCAAUGGAGAGGACAUUCAGGCACUCGCCAUCGACCCCCAGGAGUUUGCUAAGCUGCGAGCUCCAAAGCCUCCCCAGUCACCUAAGGUCCGCCCCUCCUCUAAGCCGGUGACGGUACGGAAGAUGAAACCGCAGUCUGAGUUGGACAAACCCAAGACUAGACCCAUCCUUAUCGCCAAGCCUGCACCACCCAAUGCCCCUCUUGUGAAGGAGGACUAUAUCGGUGCUGGAGGACCACGGUUUGAUUCCACUGGGAACAUAAUGCCUCAUAGCAUCCUAGGGACGGUAGAAGGAUUCAAGAUGGAGGCUGUAUACCAUGGUCACAUGGAGAUGGCCGAGGACCAUCCGAUAGAGCCCCGCCCAAGGACACCAGCAGUCAAACCAGAGUUCAGUAAGAAGGUGGAACCCAAACCUCGAGACCCGUACAUGGAUGAAAACCAAGCGCUUAUUAACUGGCAACAGAAGAUGUUUGAGAGGAAGAAGACUCAGGGUUAUAUCUCGAAUCUCCUUCAGAAGCCACCAGAGACACUGGUCAUGAAUCAAGCUGAGGAGUAUAGGCAGACCCAGGAGGAACGUUAUAUCAUUGACAGAGCUAUACCUGCCAUGGACUAUGGCAAAGGAUAUCGUGUUGGCAGUGAAUUUUGGAAACAGCAGGAGAGAUUUGGAGAUGACUUGACCGGCAUACAUAUGACCAUGAGCCAGACAGAGAGAGGCUACCCACCUCCAGUAGAGCACAUUGGAUACUCAAAACUCACUAAGAGUGAAAUGGGUAUUGCAUGGCCUGAAGGUCGAGCCUCUCCCGUUCACUAUCCUUGGAAGCGCUCUCAGUAUCUCAAGGAUAGGAAGAGACAGCUUCAGCAUGUCAUUGAUGAGCUUGAUCCAUUCAAACCUGAUCUGGAAGGUCUUCAAGUGAUUGGCACCAACAAUCCUAAGCAGAAGAAGUUAGAAGUCUGGACUCGGUCCACCUCUGAUGAUGUAGGCACCUUCAAGAUUGGCAAUGGAGGAGACCAUGAUGUGAACCCUAACGAGAGUGAGAUGCCUGAGGAGACCAUUCCUGAGCCCAUCAUUGGUCCAUCUCUGCAGUUCAAUGGUUACCCCGCACGCUGGACUGGGGACAGCACCAGUCAUAAGGGACAGAUCGCCUGUAGCUCCAGAGUGACUUUUGAAGCCUUUGCUGGAGUGAGGACUACAUCCCACUUGGAGCUGGUUAACGAUGGCACUACGACCAUCUAUUAUGACUGGAAGAAAAUCCCCAAGCUGAACCCAUUUGAAGGAUGCUCCACACCUCGUAUCCAACGCUUCUACUUCAAUACCAGCAGUGGGGUGCUCCUCCCUGGUGAGAGCCUUCGAUUCCCCUUCGUCUUCAAGUCUCCCAACGCUGGGAUCUUCACUGAGAGCUGGCAGCUUGAUACCCGCCCCGUGGUGUGCGGGGGUGGGGCGCUGCAGGUUACCCUGAGGGGUGUGGCCCUGCAGGAGGAUAAGAACUUGAAGCAGAGGAAGGACAUUGAGGAGGAGCUGUUUGCCAAGCAGGCUCAGGUAGCCGUGCGUCGUAUCUUAGAAGAGUUGGUAGACGGUAUCCGUACACCUGAGAGGGCCCACUCACCCAUAGAUGCCUACAUCACCGAUGAAGAGACAUUUGAGAGACUUAAUCCCGGGAUGCAUUUUGCCAAUGAGGUGGUGAGUCAGCUGAAGCAGCUUCAUGUGGAGCAGUUUGAUGAAGAGGAGAGAGAGGACAAGGAGUGGGAUCUGGAUGUCUCCAAGAUGAAACGGGAGUUCUUAGCCAUAGAAGAUGAAGAGAUGAGAGAAGAUCUGUUAAACAGAAUGAACCAAGCUGUUACGUCACUCUACUUCCCUCCCUUUACACCCAUACAACAUGAGAUGUACAGAGUAGCGUACAAUCUCAUGAUGGAGAAUGUGGAUAACAUAGUAACCCAAGCGAACACUAUUAGAGUCAACAUGGGUAUACCGGAGAAGGUAGAAGAACUACCAGACACAGCCGAAAUUCUUGCAGCAAAUGAUGCUCUCAGAGGAGGUGAACUCAAGAAAAGAAAGAAAGAACCGAAAGAAGAAGAAACUCCUGGAGGGAAGAAGGAUAAAAAAGAUGGCAAGAAAGGGAAGAAAGAUGACAAAGAAAAAGACAGACCAAAGAGUAAGGGAGGAGAUAAAACACCGGGUAAGGGCAAGAAAUCUGCUCCCAGUCCGGCCACACCUACUAAAGAUAGAGAGAAGAAGACUCCGUCAGGAGGGGAGAGAAGGGGGCGAGCCCGUACCCCUAGUAGCGGCUCCAUGGAGAAGGUACAUGUCUCAGUGACGGGGGAUCCCAUCAUGGAUGCCAAGUAUAAGAACAAACUCUACAUACAGGUAUAUGCUCUACUGUCAGAGACGGUGGAUAAGAUGACUGCAUUGUUUGAAGACAUCAAAGAGAAACAAGAUAAUGCUCUGAUGCAGCAACUUAUGCAGAAAAUGUGAUCAGACCAAAGAGAAAGAGAAGACUUCUAACAUUUCUGUAUCAUUCUACUGUGGAUCUCACGGACAUUCAUAUUAACAAAUUGUAUAUGCAAUAUGCAGUGUAUAAAAUGUUGAGAGUUCAAGAUAUAUUUAUAUGUGUAUUAAUCUUUUAUUUAACACUACAAAAUUAUUAUUAUUACCUAUGAAACCAGGGCCUUGUAUCAAAACAUGCUUUGUAGAGUGUUUCUCUUCUAGUCACCUAAAGGGAUAUAUCACACAUAAUUCUUGUAACAGCAAGUUUUGUGAAAGUCAAGUUACAAUUAAUUAUCUAUUUAUUUAAAUAACUAAAAUGCUAUUCCACAGAAAAGAACUUAGAAUAUGUGGGCAGUAAUGUCAGUACCGAGCCAGGCCAAUAUGUACCUACUGCCCAUUUUUCUGUUAUGAACCAUGGGGCUGUUUCUCCAAGCCGUCAUAAGUCUAACUUCAUGGACAUCCCAUUGAAAUGCAUGUUAUAGAAUACAUGUAUGUCCACAAACUUGGGCUUACAACGCUUUCGAGAAACUGGCCCCAUAUUGCUAUUUGUUAUGAAACAGAUUUUACCUUAGAAAGGAUAUUGCAAUUCGCAGAUGAUUCUAUUUAUGUGACAGUUUAAAGGUAUAUUGUGAUUACACUUAAUUGUUCUUCAGUUCUGGUAAUAGCACAAGUUAAAUUUUCAGAGAAUACAGUGAAAUUCACAUUCCUACCCAGUGAUAUUACUAGAGGUGUACUAGAGAUCAUCAAGAGAGGUCAAUUUUUCUUCUAAUCCAUCUUAUCUGCUAAGAAAUACACCCAUAUUAAAAAUCCAAAUUCGUAUAUGUGCUUUUCAGAUGCCGUUCUAUCUAUGUUUCAAUUCAACAGUCCAGACAUACCCCCUGGCUAGAAAUAAAUCAGAAAAGACUUAUUACAAAGCUUCAUUACCAGAAUUUAAAAGAUUACCUUUCGUUCAAGAAAAAUGAACACAUUAUGAAGAAUAUUUACGCAAACACGUUUUUUAAGAUAACAGCAAUAUUUCACAAUAUAACUUGUUCCAUCUUUCUCAUCAAGCGAGAUAUUUCAGGCAGCUAAGCUUAAAAAAAAUUGGUUUCCAUUCCUGUGAUUACUGUAUACACGUAUUUCUAUGCUUGUGCAGUAUCCAUUCUGAUAUUCAUUGUCAUUUAAUAUAAGAAGGAAAUAGAGGAAGCAAUAAUGUAGUUUCAGUCUCAAUUUUAUUACAAAAAAUAAUUUCUAUACAACAUAAUAAUAGUGACACAUUUGCAAAUGCUGUUCUAAUUGUAUUCAUGUUCACAAUCACCUUGACAAACUUCGCCUUGUAUUGGAUAAUUUUCUGAAUAAAUUACAGAGUUCCGUCCAAAGUGUGA